AUGAGCAGCAAGAAGCGAACACAGGCAAGCAGCGCGAGCGCUGCUGCCGCUCUCAGCGGUAAAGCCUUUGGUGCAUCAUCUUCAUCAGCUUUCGGAUUCACAUCUCGAGAACGAACAUCGUCGUCACCGUUAUCGUUCUUUACCGAGCCGCCGGAUAUUAAGUCUAUCUCGACACCAGCUCAGGUAGUUGUAUUUAGUAAUCUGCUAAAGAGGGAUGAUACUACCAAGGAGAAGGCGUUAGCGGAUUUAUUGGAUUAUGUGACGGAGCAGGCGACCAUUGAGAAUGCCAUUGUUAAUUGCUAUGUCCAAAUAUACCCUAGACUUUCCUUCGAGAAUACGAUCCGUAUCCGUCAACUCGCACAUAAAGUCCUCGGCGGGAUCGCAGAGAAAACUCGAAGAGCGUUCGUGCCAUACCUCCCCCAAGUCGCAGGAAGUUGGUUGGCCGGGUUAUACGACAGCGAUCAAUCGGUUUCCGCCGCUGCGACAGAUGCGCUCCGACAAGUGUUCACUACCGACGAAAAAAUCGGGUUGGUGUGGAAGACAUAUCAGAUGGCUAUCAUGGACUUUUGUGGGAAUGUUAAGGCGAAAGAACAAGUUAAUAGCUUGAGCGACGAGAGAAAUAAUAGUCCUGAUGAGAUGGAAGCGAAGUUUGCCAGGGUCAUGAAGGGGGUUAUUAUGGCCGCGGCGCAUUUGGUUUCGGCCAUGGCGAAAAUGGGGACGAAUGAACCGAAACAUGACGAACCGUAUUUAUCAUUCAUGAAUGAAAAGCGGUUGUGGACGUUCGCAUAUCACUCAGAUCCAUAUCUACGGCAGGCGGUGUAUAGUUUGUUAAGGACUUGCCUUGUAAACAGGAAAGAUUAUGUCGAACCGGCGUUACAUUUUAUCGCACCGGCAAUGAUCGAAAAGGCUCUGACGAGCAACCAACUCGGAUCGAACCAAAAGUUCCUAGACACCUUGCUGACAUUAAAUGAGACUUUCCCUGGUUGUUGGGAAAUCGCGGCGACAGUGAAAAAACCGACAUUUAAAGUUGUCAAGAGAUAUGUCGCCAAAGGCAGCCAAGGUGCUCCAUCGGAAUUCUGGUCUAAAUUUGUUUCUCUAAUCGAGACCCUCCCCGAAAAGGCCCUGCCAAGUAUCAACGAUGAAGUCCAACAAUUCCUAACAGCAAUAGUAGAUGGCCUAAGCGGCAGUAUGGAGCCUAAAGACCACCGUCCCGAAGCUUGGUCCUGCUACUUUCAAAUGUGUGCUUUCUUCCUCUCCAAGGACUUCCUGAGCGACAACAUUAGAAAGGAAAUCGUAUCUGUGAAUCUUGGAAAUCCAUUUAAAGCGUUCAUUGAACCAAAGGAAGAAUUGGCCACAUGGAGAAUAGGUCUUUCCGACGUACCCACAGUUCUUGCCAAGGCAAUGAAGGUAGUGACAGAUGUGGACACUCCGUUUGUUAAACAGCAGGUCGAAGGGUUGAUUGGUGAGCUUGCUAAGCAAGUUGAGGCGGCGGUAGAAGCCUCCACAGUCGAUGACGCUGCGGCUCUUGAGAAGAGUUUAGCGGCGGUGGAUGCGUGGGCCCAACUAACGGCAGCGAUGUAUCACACUCUCGACAAGAAACAUUGGGCUAUUCUGGCAUUGAACAACGGUGAACAGGAUCUAUUAAGAUAUUCGGUGAACAGCUCAAAAUCUAGCCGUGGCACUAAUGUUGCAGCGGCAGCUCUCGCAGCAUCGAUAUCUAAAUCUGCAAAUAGCACCAUCCGAAGAGAUGCUAGCUGUAGGGUUGCUCUACACGGAUAUCUCGUCGAGGAUUCGCAAACUUUGGUUGCUAGUCCUGCUCGAGAGCAUUUUUUCAAUACCUUAUUUGCCUACCAAAAAUAUUGGGAUAGCUCGAGUGGGCAUGGAAUUCUAGAGGAAACUGUUGAUCUGCUAGUCAUUUCGCAGAACAGGGAAGCAAUCUUGCAGUUCAUCUAUAAUUUUGAGAGGGCCCAUACGAAAGCAUGCGUUCAGUCUGCGAACCUCGAUGGGUAUUUACGACACGAGUGCGAGCAAGCUUUGACUGAGGCAGAUGAAGCUUCUUGGAAGAUGGUCAUCGUUGCAAUUCAGGCGCCCGAGUCGCUAGUAUCCAGGCAAUUAAAAGCAGAUAUGGCUGUCAAACUUGCAGAGAAACUGCACAAAAUUACCAUCGACAGAAGUUACGACGUUACCCUGACAGGAAAUAUUUUGACGGAGCUGUAUCGUGUACCUGCGGCAGUUUUGGCGAGUAUCAGUCAAAGCUUAAGACGGGAGCUUAUCACUACUCUAUUAUUGAUUUUGGAAACCGCCGGGGAAGAUAAUAUUAAGAAAGCUGAUAUAUUAUUCGUCAAGCUCUGCGGUGAGAAGAGUUUGAAUGAUCCAGAGGUUAAUCAAAUUCGGGAGGGUAUUGCGUCGACAUUGGCUAGUCUGGUACUCGAACCAACUGACGGUAGUUUCAUAAGUAUCCGAUUACUCGUGAGCAAGGCUUUAUGUGUUCUAUCACAUGCGGACUUGUCGAGGGAAGGCGAUCUUACGACAGCGAUGUCAUACAAUGACGAAACUUGGAGGAAGCAUCUGGAAUUGGUGUUCCAGACUCGUCCGGAUGCUUCGCUAAGUGCCAUUAGGCCCCUCGGAGAUUCUGUCUUCCUCGUUGAUCCAGUUGAAGACUUCGAAGAAGCCGAGGAAGUAUUGGAUAGUGAUAAACUCAGCGUCUCUAUGCGUAUGGCAACAUUCAUGCUUUCGGUGUUAUCCAGAACCGAAGGUUCGACACCUGGCGAUAAUACGCAAAAGAGAGUAGCAGCUUCGAUAGUUAAGAUUUCACCGGGACUUCAAUGGCCUUUCCUUAGGUACUCUUUGAUUGUUGCCGAGGUUGUAGCCGAUAAACUUGGAGUCCCAGAUGAAAGCACACCUCUCAAGCGGACAGUACUCGAGGAUCUUGCGAGUAGCCUCGAAGCCGUGAGAUAUGCUGCUGUUCAGGAUUAUACAACUACUCAGAAGCUACUGGCGGUAGGAAAUGGUAAGAAUGGUAUCAAUUUUGUGAAUUCGACACUGCUCGGGUUGUCUGAGCAGAGUACGGUCCUUCCUGUCACCCCUGAAGCGUACUAUCACGCUCGCGCGUUAAGGUCGCUUGUAGAGGUGUUACGCCAUAAAGGGGUAACAGGUAAGGACGCAGUUCUAUGGGUCGAUAACCUGGAAAUUGGGAAGAAGAAGGAUGAUAAAUUCAUUCUUAGAGAUAUUGCGGUGCUGGCGGGCUUGAGGGAUGAUACUUUUACCGUUACACCGCUAGUUGUUCAGCUCAGAAACAGGCUUGUUAGCGAUGUAUCUGGGAUUGAAGCUGAAGAUGCCAUUGAGAAAGCAUUCCCGAAACUCUCGCUUUUGAACGAGAUGUGGACAUCGGACCUUGUGGAAAAUUCCACUGACGUUCCAGCCCAACGAGGUCUGUUACUUAUGAAGAAGGUAUUGAGUUGGCUGAGUGAAGAACUUCCUCCCGAGGUUUUGGCCUUGCAGUCUCCUGGUCUUCUGUGUGCUAUCAUGCGAAUGUCGAGAAAGGUGCUCCCAGUUCUUAGGAAGCUCCAGGGUUCAUUUUGGCAUGAUUUGUUUGCUGUGAUGGAAUAUUCUUUCUCGGCGAUGUAUAACAGCCUCGGAGACACAGUCGCUACGUUGCUCUCCACUUUCUCUGUCUACGAAGUCAUCAAGGAAAUUCGAGCGACAAAUCAAGAGGAUGAGUUUGUCAAUGAUGACCUUUCAGAUGCAUGGGAUUGGUUUCUUCCAAGAUUUUAUCGUAUCUGGUUGACAUUAUUGACCGAUGUUGCCGCACCGCUUCAAAAUGAAGCGUUUAAGGGAUAUUGCGGAGCCCUCUCUAGAGCUCUCAUGAAUAUGCCAUUACACUUUCUUGAUGAUCCCGCAGCUGUUGGCCCACGCCCCACCGUUAGCAAAGAAGACAGGGACGAAGCCGAAGAUUCACGCCCGAAAUCUGAGCAACUAUAUCAACUGCUAGGAGGGAAUACGGAUGAUGUUCAAGGGGUCGCAUUUAACCUUUUACAUCGCCGAAUUCCGCAACUGCAGGAGCAAGUAUCCAUUGAUGCUGCCCUGUCAAAGGAUGAGGUCUUGGAGAUUUCCCUGCCAGAUGAGCUACUAUCGCUUCUGCUUGAUCCUCCGGUUGUUGAAGAGGAUGCAAUACUCAAUCCGACAUUGUUGGAGCAGUUAGAACUACAGAGGAUUCAAGGGUAUCUUAGUUCUUGGGUGUUGGUUUAUGAUCAUUUCGUCAAUUCGUCCUUCCGUAUCAAAGCGUCAUAUGUUGAAAGUUUAAAAGCCGGGGAGUAUAUUCAUAAACUCCUAGACUUCAUUUUCAAAAUCCUAGGCCACGCACGUGCGAAACCAAUUGAUGGUGCCAAAUACCCUGUCGCGGCAUUUGAUCCCACUUUUUCGGCGUAUGGAGCGCCGGAUUUGCAUUACAUCAGAACCUUGAUGAUCUACGUCUAUUACCUAUCCCUCCGAUAUUCCCCAUCGCUGGUAAAAAAUUGGUUCAGCGACUCGAAUAACCAGGUGAAGGAUAAUGUUCUGCCAUUCACGGAUAAAUUUAUUUCACCACUUCUUGUCGAUCUCGAGUUUAAAGAGGUUGAAAAAUGGCUGGACGGCACGGAUGAGAGGCCUGAGGGAUUGGCUAUAAAGAUUAGUAGGACGGCAAGGGAGAUUACAGUUACCUACGAAGUUGAUGAGACGACUAUGGAAAUGAUGGUUAAGCUGCCGGCCAGCUUCCCACUGCAGUUGGUAGAAGUUAAGGGAGUUAGGAGAGUGGCAGUUUCGGAGAAGCAGUGGAAGACGUGGUUAUUGGCGUGUCAGGCUGUUAUUGCGCUUCAGGGCGGAUCAAUCGUGGACGGACUAACGUUAUUCCAGAGGAAUGUGAAAUUACAUCUAGAUGGGGUGGAGGAGUGUGCUAUCUGCUACUCUAUUUUGGCACAGGUGGAACGGACUCUGCCAUCGAAGGCCUGCGGAACUUGUAAACGCAAGUUCCAUGGGAACUGUUUGAUGAGAUGGUUCAAGUCGAGUAGUACGAGUUCUUGUCCUCUGUGUAGAAGCUCGUUCCAGUUUAUUUAG